UGCGCUGCAGUGCGUGCAGCAUCAGAUCCGCUCGCUGUGGAGACGAUGGGUGUGUGAGGCUGAGGUACAUCGCGUAAUCUCACUAAAUAAACCUGAGAAGUUAAAGCGACUGUACAGCUGCCUCUCCACCGGAGAGGAGGAGGUGGUUUGGUUGCUGGACGGGCUCUCUGUACGGAGCGGGUCGGGGGUCAUGGCGCGGGACUAUGAUUACCUCUUCAAGCUGCUCAUCAUCGGUGACAGCGGUGUAGGCAAAAGUAGUUUACUGCUGAGGUUUGCUGACAACACCUUUUCAGGUAGCUACAUCACCACAAUUGGUGUGGACUUUAAAAUUCGGACGGUGGAAAUCAAUGGAGAGAAAGUCAAGUUGCAGAUCUGGGAUACAGCCGGACAGGAGAGGUUUCGUACCAUCACCUCAACGUACUACAGAGGCACACACGGCGUUAUUGUGGUAUAUGAUGUCAGCAGCGCGGAGUCGUUUGUAAACGUCAAACGUUGGCUUCAUGAAAUCAAUCAAAACUGUGACGAUGUUUGUCGAAUAUUAGUGGGAAAUAAGAACGACGACCCCGCCUCUAAAGUGGUGGAGACCAACGACGCGCAGAAGUUUGCCGAGCAGAUGGGGAUCCACCUGUUCGAGACCAGCGCCAAGGAGAACGUCAACGUUGAGGAUAUGUUUAAUUGCAUCACAGAGCUCGUACUGAAGGCCCGCAAAGAAUCGGUGGCCAAACAGCAGCAACAGCAGCAGAACGAGGUGGUCAAACUCGGCAAGAGCAACAAACGCAAGAAGAAAUGCUGUUGAUGGACUCGACAGACACAGUCUCACGCUUGCCACUGAACUGACGAGAGCCGGAGAACUUAACACCCUUAAACCAACCCAAGAGAGAGACAGAUCAUCUGUAGAGAUUUACUAACCGUGAGCCCAUUUUGCAGACUCGAGUAUUUUACUAGAAAUGGAUUAACGGUGCAUACGUCCCCCUUCAUCUUUCCCCGAAGACGUUCGGAAUGCCGCAGCCACUAGAUUUUUUAAUUGGAGAAUGACACGUUUUUGUCCACUGUUUAAGUGGCGUCGAUGCCAAACCUGCAUUGUGAAUAAUGUGGCAUUCAGUCUGACAUUGGAAUAACAGAAGAGAAACGUUAUCAUGGUUUCAUGCUCCUGUGAUUGUCAGUGGUUACGGACAGGUGUGGAGAUCACGUGCGCUGCUCCGUCAGUUACCCAGAGACUCUUGUUUUGCCUUCUGCUUUAUUUCUGUCUUUCAUUUUUGUAAAAUUGUAUUUUUUUACUAACAAAAUAUACAAUCAAACACAGUAGUGUUUAGUAGAUAUUGUGCCAUAGACUGAACAUUGUUGUAUUUGCAGAUGAAUUAAUGGACCUCUGUGCAUUGACACACAGUCGGACCUGAUGUGUAUAUUGAAAAAAAUGUUUUAUACAUAAAAUAAGAUGCCCGAGAUGCUACAGUUAUAGAGGAAUAAUUUUGUCAUCAUUUACAGACCCGCGUGUCGUUCCAAACCUACAUGACGUUCUUCAUUUGAUGCAUUGGAAAAGAUGUUGAUACAAUAAAAGCAAACCGUGACCAGCAGCUGUCAAACUCCAUGUGUUUGGCAGUAUUAUUCAGACUCAUAUUACUGUCAAUAUUUCUUCACACUUCUGCAUGUGCAUUGCAUUCACUUAGAAAGUUGUAUGGGUUUUAAAUGACCUGAGGGUGAGUAAAUGAUGACCAUUUUAACAUAAACUAACCGUUUAAAGUUUUCCUUGGAUAUUUUGAGCUUCCAGGAUGCCCGGUUUUCCAUGUCAAAAGAGGAACCCGAUAGGAAAGUUCACUGCUGUUGUUAAUGUGACUCCUCAGAUCUUACUCACAGGUGCCAGCAUUGCUGCUGUUUUUAAGGUUAAAGUGAUGCGGACCUGCAUUUGAAAUUAUGGUGACAUACAGCUUAUUCCUUCAGUUUGCACACGUAUUGGGAGAGAAAUUAUAGAGCAGACCGUCACCGUGAACCUGCAGCAAACCCUUAUCCAACCAUCAUUGUGUUCAUAUCAGGGUCUAUAUAAUGCACCUACACAUGACAUGCAUGUUUGCAUAUGGACACUGACACAUGCAUCUGUUUGUGUAAGUGAAAUGAUCUGGUGUACACUGGAAAAUAUUCAUUGUUUCACCACAAAUCUAAUGAUAAUAAAAAUUUUAAGAGAACAA